GUCAGCUGGCUCCGCAGCUGGAGCCAGAGCAUCCCGUGUCACCGGAGCAGCCUGUGGGCCCCACAGAGCCAUUCUCAGGGCGUUUAGCCCUUGCUCAUGCUGUCUGGACACUUGUUCCUCUCAUGGCUGUUUGGGAAGUGAGGUGGUGAGCCAGGGGCAGAGACGAGCACCUGGAGCAAAGUGCCCAUGCGGCCAUGGCUCAGACCAGUAUGGUCAUCAACAGUGACUGUGGUGAUUGGGGUUGGAGUUCGGAUGCGGGGGAGCGAGCCCGCCUCCUGCAGAGCCCCAUCGUGGAUGGAGCCCCCAAAGGGGAGGAAGAGGAGCCAGGAGCCACAAAUGGGGGGACCACCUCCACGUUGGGAGCCGUCUUUAUUGUGGUGAAUGCCUGCCUGGGUGCUGGCCUGCUGAACUUCCCUGCCGCCUUCAGCACAGCUGGUGGGGUGGCGGCUGGAGUUGCGCUACAGAUUGGCAUGUUGGUCUUCAUCAUCAGUGGGCUGGUCAUCCUGGCAUAUUGCUCCCAGGCCAGUAACGAACGCACCUACCAGGAGGUAGUGUGGGCAGUGUGUGGCAAACUGACCGGGGUCCUGUGCGAGGUCACCAUCGCGGUGUACACUUUUGGUACCUGCAUUGCCUUUCUCAUCAUCAUUGGGGACCAGCAAGACAAAAUUAUUGCUGUGUUGGCGAAGGAGUCGGAGGAGGCAGGCAGCAACCACUGGUACACAGACCGAAAAUUCACCAUCAGCCUCACUGCCUUUUUCUUCAUCCUUCCCCUCUCCAUCCCCAGGGAGAUUGGCUUCCAGAAGUAUGCCAGCUCCCUGAGUGUCCUUGGUACCUGGUAUGUCACAGCUAUCAUCGUCAUCAAAUACAUCUGGCCAGAUAAGGAGAUGUCCCCUGGGGACAUACCCACCAGGCCGACCUCCUGGAUGGCUGUGUUCAACGCCAUGCCCACGAUCUGCUUUGGAUUCCAGUGCCACGUGAGCAGCGUACCUGUCUUCAACAGCAUGCGGCAGCCCAAGGUGCAGACCUGGGGUGGUGUGGUGACGGCAGCCAUGGUCAUAGCCCUCUGUGUCUACAUGGGCACAGGCAUCUGUGGCUUCCUAACCUUUGGGGUCAGCGUGAACCCCGAUGUGCUCCUCUCGUACCCCUCGAAUGAUGUUCUUGUUGCCAUUGCCCGUGUCUUCAUCAUCAUCAGUGUGCUGACCUCCUACCCCAUUCUGCACUUCUGUGGACGGGCGGUCCUGGAGGGCUUAUGGCUGCGGUACAAGGGUGAGACCGUGGAGGAAGACGUGGCCAGGGAGAGGCGACGCCGAGUGCUGCAGACGGUCACCUGGUUCUUACUGACUCUGCUCCUGGCCCUCUUCAUCCCAGACAUCGGCAAAGUCAUUUCCAUCAUCGGCGGCCUGGCAGCCUGCUUCAUCUUUGUCUUCCCAGGACUGUGCCUGAUUCAGGCCAAACUUUCUGAAAUUGAAGAAGUCAAACCAAGCAGCUGGUGGGCGCUAGUCAGUUAUGGAGUCCUCUUGGUCACCCUUGGAGCCUUCAUCUUUGGCCAAACCACAACCAAUGCCAUCUUCAUGAAUCUUGCAGCCUGACCUCUCCAUUUGGGACUGGACAGCCAAAGGGAAAAAGUGGCCUUUUCUGUUGAGCCCUUGAGGAACCAUAUCCAUGCACCAGCCCCUGGCUAUUGUCGGGGGGGACCACACCAUAUCGCGUCUUGUUUGAUCACGUUCCAUCAUCAGUGCUCUCAUGGGGAAGGGAGUUGGACCCUCCUUACUAGGGACUCUUCUGGUCAGAGGACGGUCCUAGGGACUUCCCCGGUCACCAGCAGUGCUGUAGAUGGUGGGAAUCAUCUCCCACCACUGAAUCUUCCUGAGGAUCUCCCACUGCCUCCUUAUCCAGAAUUAAAACCCCAUUUCUUUUACCCAUUGGUAGAGAGGAGCAGGAAAAGCUCUGAAGAGUGAACCUAGUCUCACCUGAGUGAGAAAAAAAUCCUUCCUGUGCCUGGAAACACUUUCUGCAGAAGGCUGGCCCCAGGCAGGGAGCAGAACCCAGCACUUCUGGGGAGGCCUUCAUGCUGGGAACACUACAUGUAAUGACCAAAGCCACUUGUGACUUCAAGUGUGCAGUCCAGAGGUGAAUACAGCAGCUCAAACAGAGCAGGUUUCCAAAAUCAUGCAAAUGACCAUCACAAAAUGGAGUAUUUUUUGCUGCCCAGAGAGCACAAGUGAGCGAGCUCUAGCCGACAAAGGGCAGGGAUCAGACCCAAGCCAGUUGUGUUGCCAGAUUCCAAGCUCCCUUGACCCCAUUUGGUCCCCCUUUGUUUUGGUAAACAUCUUCCCAGUAAUCAUUAAUUAUACCCAGAGCCAUUUGGAACCUCAUCUCUUCCUCCCAGCAUCACGUUGGCUGGAACCAAGGAAGAGUAAAGACCACUAUUCCGUGGCCCCGGAGGCAUCUCCAUCUCACUACAUUCCGGUGGGGCUCGGCCAGCCUUUUUGGUCUCAUCCGGCUCCAGAAUCUCACUAAGUCUAAUGUUUACAGAGACUGUUGGGCUUCCCUAUCUGGAAGGGGGGCCAACAUGUGUUAUGGUGCUUUGUGUAUCCAUCUGUUACCUCCAGAUUAGGAAUUCUCUUCCCUCUCAAAUUCCAAAUUGGCACCUCCUUUAAGGAUGGGAAGGAGGAGAGCAUGGCAAGGUGGCUGUUUUGUUUUCCUUUGAAUGUUCUCAAGCUCCCAGCCCAAGCUUGCUGGUCUCUGUCCAAACUGCCAUUUGCUUGCUGUUCUUUCAUUUAAAGGUGAAUACAGUCCCUGGGUGGGAAAGCCCCACCUGGCAUUGCACUGUUAAUGGGAACUAUAACACUGGGGAUAGGAGAGGACUAGACCCACCUCUCUACAGCCUAGCAGAUUACAAGACAGUUAUGAUUCUCCAUGCCUACUGAUAAUACUUCCUGUGCUGUGUCCCCUUUCCUUUCCUCAUUUGAUUUCCUCUUCUUUUGUACCUGGGGAAAAGGGGCAGUCAUUAGCUUUUGAGCCACUGCCCUACCCUCCAUCAGGCUCCAUUGGCACAGAUCCUGGUCUGGCAUCACAAGGUAGAUGGUGUCAAGAACGUUGUAUUUUAUUCUUUUGGGGGCAAGAGAUGGAGGAUGAGGUCACUAGAGAGUCAGGACCAGGCAGUAGAUGAUAGAAUUUUAAGGCUUUCCAUCUCUGCCAACCCAUGCUGUCCAUUUCUGCACCUUUAUCAGUGUCCAUGCCUCCAUUAAGCCAUGUGGCUUUUGGGCCCCUUGGCAACCCCUGCUCACUUUGGAUAAUCUCAGGAAGACCAAGGGUAAUAAAUUAGAACUAUACAUCUGCCAUCUUGCUUCUUCUAAACCAAGACCUCCACCCGUAGGAAGUGGAGAGGAUACUCACAGAUAGAACCCCAACCUCUCCAACUCACCAGUUGGUUGUUCCAUGUUGAUGGACCUAGAAGGAGGCUCUGGCUUAUAGGAGUAGGCUUCUUAUCCCCAAGGAUACUGUGUCCUUGAAGGUUCAGUUGUGUGGGAAGCCAAGAUUGGGUAACAAACUGGGCCUCCCCAUUGUGUCCUCCUCCCCCUAACCAGUAAUACAGGCCCAGCUUGUCAAGAUCUGGGCUUUUAUCUUCUCACCUGUCUCUGGCAGUGGGGGAGGUGGUCUGUUCGAGUCACUCCUAUGUUGGAUAUCAUCUGGACGUGUCGUCACCUUUAGAGAGAGUUGAGAUGAGGGCAGGGCAGUUGUUAGUGAGGGGGUUCCAACCCCAGAUUAGAUGUGUAAAGCCAGAAAAGGGGAUGGAUUCUGGUUCAUACCUCCCAAUGUUCUCCCUCUGCCUCACCCCCCCAUCUGUGAUUUUUAAUGGGUUUUUCUACCCGCGUACCCUUGGCCAUGAAAAUACAUAAUAAAAGGGAACUUUGCUGCUG